AUGGAAGCCAAUUUCACCUACAUGGGCCGCAAAUUCUCCGACCUCACCCUCAACGACUCCUCCUCCUCCUCCUCCGCCUUCAGCGACUGCAACAGCGACAGAUCCGGCGAGUUUCCCACCGCCUCCUCCGAGAGCCGCCGCCUCUUCCUCGCCUGCGCCUCCGACAACUCCGACCAGCUCAUUUCCCAGCUCGUCGCGGGCCUCGCCUCCGACUGCCCCGACGGGGGAAGCCUGCGGGGGAAGAAGGACGCGUGCACGGCGCUCUACUCUCUUUGUGGCGCGCGUGAGAACAAGGUGCGGGCGGUGCAGGCGGGUAUCAUGAAGCCGCUGGUGGAGAUGAUGUCGGAUCUGGGGUCGAGCAUGGUGGAUAAGUCGGCUUUCGUGCUGAGCCUUCUGGUGCCGCUGCCGGAGGCAAGGGUGGCCCUGGUGGAAGAAGGCGGGAUCCCAGUACUGGUUGAGAUUGUUGAGGUGGGGACCCACCGCCAGAAGGAGAUUGCAGUGGCUAUAUUGUUGCAGCUUUGCCAAGACUCUGUGGCUUAUCGGACCAUGGUGGCCCGAGAGGGUGCAAUUCCGCCAUUAGUGGCCUUGUCCCAAUCCGGCACUAGUCGUGCCAAACAAAAGGCAGAAGCACUAAUAGAGCUUCUAAGGCAGCCAAGAUCCGCCAACGCCGCUGCUACCACCGUCUGA